UGCCCCGCUCUGGGCUACACGGCCCAAACUGAGCUGUCGAAGCCGCGAGGAGAUGUAGAGCGUCAUCUGGUGGUGGCCGAGCGGAUCACAGGAUGGCUGUGAUUGCCGUGCUCUCAGCUAACCCAGGAAGCAGUUCAUCUUGAGCAGCGUUUCUCCGGUGGACGGACGGGGACCUUCAGUUAACGCUGCGCUUACAGUCUUUAUCGUUGCAGUAUUUGUUUUACGGAUUACUCGGAGGCAACAUGUGGCCAUCUAAGCCCCACCACACCUGCAGAUGAGGACGCUGCUUUUUGGUGCUUGGGUGGUCUUUUAUGCAUCUGUUCUGCUAGCAGCACGAAGGAUGUGGACUGGAAAGUAUGUCCGCAGUCCGCUGGCUCGGGCUGCUUUGAUGGUGACCAACACUGAGUUCACAGGAGACGAAGUUCAAGAGUGGUACCGUUGCUGUCCUGAAAUGCUUGGAGAGACAGUUCGGCCGUUGUUCGUGCAGAGUCAGUUAGACACAGAUACGCAAGCUUUUCUUCAGAGGAGUGUGGAGAAAUCUGGCUGGCUUUUCACCCAGCUGUACCACUCCCUGGUCUCUACCAUCUUCAGCCCCGUCGUCUCAAGAACAUCUAUCAAUGGGUUUCUGGGCCGUGGUUCCAUGUUCGUCUUUUCAAGGGAUCAAUUUCAGCGCCUCCUCCAAAUUGAUCCUGCCUGGAAAGGAGAAAGACUUCUGGACCUCGGCGCUGGGGAUGGAGGUGUCACUGAUGUCAUGGGCUCUCAUUUCAGAGAGGUUUAUGCCACUGAAGUGUCUCCUCCAAUGAAGUGGCAGCUCCAAAGAAAGAACUACAGGUUGUUGGAGAUUGAUGAAUGGCAAAGUACAGGGUUCCAAUAUGACCUCAUUAGCUGCCUGAACCUGUUGGACAGGUGUGACGAACCCCUGAAACUGCUCCAGGACAUUAAGGAGGCUUUGGUGCCAGGCUCAGGACGGCUCAUCCUAGCAGUUGUACUACCUUUCCAGCCUUAUGUGGAAACAGGUGGGAAAUGGUUCCGGCCAAAAGAGCAGCUCCAAGUGAAAGGCAAGACUUGGGAGGAGCAAGUUACAAACCUUACUGACGACGUUUUCCAGAAGAUUGGAUUUGAGGUGGAAGCUGUCACACGUUUGCCAUACUUGUGUGAGGGUGAUAUGAACCAAGAUUACUAUGUGUUAGAUGAUGCAGUGUUUGUACUCAGGCCUCAGGAAUGAGGAUGUAUUUGUCUUUCUGUUAUGAAUAACUUGAAUUUAUGUGCAUGUGCUGUAAUAUGUUAGUUUCUGUGAAUUUUAUUAUUUUUAGGGGGGGAUGUGGUUAUUUAUAUCUUAAAGGGCUCAAUUUAAAACUGAUGUUAGUGAGACUGUAUUAUGUACUGCAUCUCAGGACAAUUAUAGUAGUGAUUACAUGUAUGAUUACUAUCGCAUUUUGCUCCGAUAUACUGGAUUUAAAUAUAUUUAUUGCGGUGGGUUAUUGAAUGUAGGUUUCUUAUAGCAGUUUCUUGGCUAGCACAGGGCUCCUCUAAUGAAUGAAGGAUGUGAACACAUCUGUACAAACUACUAUUCACAGCACUUUAUUUGGUGCCUGUAGAGGACAAAUCCUGUAGGCUAAGACAGGGGAUGAUGCCCCCAUGAAGAAAAUGUCAUCAGCAAAUUUUGUUUUUAUAGCACAAAAAUAAAAAGCUAGGGGUAUCUUAACCUGAGGAAGAAGCCCCCCAAUGGAAA